AUGGAAGUCGUUCCGCUCUCCAUUCAACAUUCCGAAUCUCAGUUCGGUUCUAUAGAAUGUUCCUGCAUUGACAAUCCCAAUCACUUGUUGUUUUUUGCAACAUCGGAAGGAUACCUUUCAUGUUAUUACAUUCAUAGAAAUCAAAAUAAUAAUUCAUCAUCAUCAUCAACAAAUACCUUUUCCGAAAAUCAUAACGAAACCUAUGACUCUCAACAGGAGCAACCACCCAUCACGGUUCAUCAUGUUUGUACGGUAAAGCCUGUUGCUUGUGCCUUGAGCUCUCUCACCAACAAUGCUUCUAAAAAACAUACCACUCUCUCUACGGGACAAAAUGUAGCAGUUGGACAAGCGUUAUGGGGUAAAGUUCCGAUCAAACAAAUUGUUUGCGAUGAUCAAGUUCAAGUGCUAUUUAUUCAAGUACAAAACGCCAUUGAGUUUUUCAGAUAUGAAUUUAUUGAAGAACGAAAGCAAUUAUUACUCACUCAUAUCAAGAGAAUUCAAGAAUCUGUUGGGCUCACAUGUUUUACUAUUGAUGAAUGCAAGAGAAAUCAUCGACUAUUGGUUUGCAGUAAGAAAAGGUUACAAAUUCUUCACUAUACGGAGCAAGAUUGUCUUUCAGUGGGACUUGUUUCUGAGGAAUUUGUUUUGCCUGAGGCAAUUCAAGAUCAUCAUUGUUUAGCUUGGUUUGAUAAGACUUUAAUUGUUGGAUUUAAAAAAGAAUAUUCAUUAAUUAAUAUGGAUACUGGAAUCAUGGAUUCAAAACAACCAAUGAUACCUUCAACAGUAUUGGAAUUGGGUGACUCGAAAUCUGGCGAUAAUCGUCCACUAUGUGUCUUGAUUUAUGACGAAGUUUUGCUCCGAACGGACAGUAUCAGUGUUUUUGUAAAUAUGAACAAUCGUUCUUCGAGUGAGCAACGAGGAACACCUUCUACCAGACCUCCAAUAACAUGGUCGUCACCGCCACAACAAAUUUCGUUUUCAUUUCCGUAUGCAGUUGGUGUUCUGGAUCAAGGAAAAAAGAUUGAAAUUUAUAGUAUUUAUGAUGCACGUCUCGUGAAAACAUUGUAUAUUCAACCAUCUACCAAUUCUGUAGUUUAUACUUCAGAGGACGGCUCCCAAGAAUCAAAUCAGUUGAAUAAUAUUUCUUCAUGGAGUUUAGUUCAAGGAUCGGUCAACAUGGGAGUAUUUGUUGUGUGUGACAGUUUUGUGCCUACAUCAACAACGAACACAACAAGCUCCACUCUUGGAUUCAAGAAGGAGAGCAAAAAAGAAAAAAUUCAAACAGUUGUUUUAAUGUCACCCAUCUCGUAUGAGAAGCAAAUUUCUGCAUUGUUUGAAAUGGCGCACUGUAGUGAAGCUUUUGAAUUGUUUGAAAGAAUGUUAGAGUUUAAGAGAGAAAAAGGAGAGCACAUUGACUCGACAAUCGAAAAAAGAUGGAGGCAACAGCUGUUAUUAGAGGCAGCAUUUGCUUCCUUGUUCCAUUUAGAUGUCGAAAAAGCAUUUACAUAUUUUAGAGAGCAUGAACAAGCUCUGGAAUAUCGUCUCGGAUUUGAUAUGAGAGAGCUAAUCAUUUUAUUUACAGAUUACAGACCCAUGCUUCUAAACGAUGACCAUUUCACUCCCAAAAUCAGUUGGACACAAAAAUAUUUAAAUUUUGAAAAGAAGAAGCCCAAGAGUCUCUAUGACAUUUUCGUAGAGAAAAUUGCCAAGCGACGAGAUUUGCAGACCUCAAAUGCAGAAGUGGAAAAAGAAGCGAAUCAACUGAUAAUAAGAUGUAAGAAAUAUUUAAGACCAUUAUUGGAAUACCGAAGAAAGAAAGUUAGCUCUAUUGAGAGGAAUAUCAAAGGUGAUUCACUGCUUUUCGAAGAGGCAUUCAUUUCAAAUUCUGCAAAAAGUUCUAUUGAUAAUUUGCUUUUCAAAAUGUACUUAGACUCUGGAGAUCUUUCAAGACUCAAUCGAAUGUUAAAAGAAACCAAAGCAAUUCUAAAGCCAGAUCCUGACUCUGAAAUUACAUUCACUGCACAACAACUGUACACUAAAUGCUAUUGCAAACUCGACGUGUGCAUGAAGGUAUUGAAAGCUGAGGUUGAGAUUCUUUCCCCAGAGGCUCAAGAAUACUAUAUGGCCCUCCUUUACCAAACGUAUCUUAAUUAUAGCCUUGAAAACGUUCACAAGUCGUUAAUGUUGUUAAAGAACAUUGCCAUGAACAGUGAUGAUAACAAAUCUGAUAUGGGUGAAUAUGCCUUCGAUGAAACAGUAUGCAUACUUCAUAAGAUAUUUGAUAGACCCAUGCCAUCUAUGGACGAAGACCAAAUUGCUGAUAAGAAAAAGGAAUUAUUUUGGUCAAAUAUUGAGUGGUGUCUCAAAUUAGAUCAUUUCAAGAGUAUUUCUGUUUUGACUCACAAUGUCGUAUAUUUGGGCAUUGACCCCAUUUUAAAGUUUGUACGGCAACAUUUAGAUGAAGAAACUCAAAACGAAGUGAUUCAACUUUUACUCGAAUAUGUCAUUCAUGAGCACAAUAAGAAUACGAAAUUGCAAGAAAAUGAGAAAAUUCCAAUCCAAACCCAAUACUACACAUUGCUUGCAUUGAAGUAUAUUGAUGUCAUUAACUCGUAUGAAAUUAGGCAAGAUUCAGAAUCUAUUUGGGAUCUAAGAACUAAACUCAUGCUUCACAUCCAAGACUGCAAAGAUUUUAUAACUCUCGAAACGGUAUUGGCUCGCUUACACGGUACCAAUUUAUAUCAAGAAAUGGUUUUACUCUACUCUCUUGCACGAGAACAUGAAAAGGCUUUACGAAUUUUACUGUUUGAUUUGUGUUCUACAGAGGGAGCUGAAAAUUAUUGUAAAGAACAACAAGCAAGAUAUGAACAUGAAUUUUACCAAAAUCUCAUGCAACAAUAUCAAGAUGGUAUUCUAAGCAGUUUUGAAAUUUCUACAGAAAUGUACGACAGAAAUUACACCAAAGUGACACUUCACAAUGAGCUCUUUUUAAUUUUACUCAAACUUUGCUUUCAAGAUGCUGGCUCUACCAAGCAAUCGAAAGGACGUGGGCAUAUGGAAUUUGGAAUUAAAAUUCUCAACAAGUAUGCCAAACAUAUUGAUCCAAUUGCAGCGCUUCGAAUGCUUCCCAACAAUUUAUGUACCAAGAAAAUACUUCCCUUUUUGACAUCUACUCUCCAACAAAAUGCAACCAAUGUGAGAACGGCGAGUUUGAUGAAGAGCAUGAGUAAGAUGGAUCACAUUCAAACACAAGGACAACUUGUUGAAUAUCAACGCAGAAAACGAGUGGUCUUUAGAAAAACCAAAUGCAGUUAUUGCAACAAAUUUAUUGGAGAAAAUGCCAUGCUUGUGGUUUAUCCAGAUCUGUGUAAUGUCUAUCAUUACAAUUGUUUCAAUAGAGAUUUCCAUCUGGAUCGAAUCAGUAAGAGAAAUUUUCUCAAGAGUCCACUCAUUCUUUCUCGUUCUUUGGAUAAGGACGAACAGGAUUCCACCAAUCCAUAA